UCUCGUCCACGGCCAAAGUUUCAUGUCAAUGCCACGCGAUGUAGCGUCAUGGAAUACGUAACGAAAUAGUAUCAGUUGAUUAAUUUCCGCAAGGCACGUGUUUUUUGUGUUUUUAAUCAAAUAAUGUUCAAUUGUGAUAUAUGUUAUUUAAAUCGUUUAAGUGGAGUGACGGAAAUAAUUUAGAUCGUAAGAUUUUGAUGUUAUAAACGAUCGGUCUUUUAUUUGCUGCUUGUGUCAGCAAUGGAUUUCAUAAUAGGAGGUCUAGCCGGCGCGGGUGCCACUAUUUUCACGAACCCGAUGGAUGUCGUCAAAACCAGACUUCAGCUGCAAGGCGAGUUGCGGUCUAGAAAAGAGCAGCCGAGACAAUAUAGGGGCCUCUUCCACGGGCUCUAUGUGAUCGCCAAGGCAGAUGGGGUGCUGGCACUGCAGAAAGGUCUUACUCCAGCCAUGGUGUUCGGAUUUUGUAUGAACUCUGUUAGACUUGGAACGUAUCAUGUAGCCGAAGUUCAAGGUUGGACACAAUCAAAUGGCUCUGUAAAUGUUCAGAAAGCAGCGUUUUGGGCGGGCGCUAGCGGUUUUAUGAGCGGUUUGGUUGCGAACCCAAUGUCAGUUGUGAAAACCAGAUUGCAAGCCGCGGCGCAUCCUAGCGUAGCGGUUGGGCGACAGCAUAUAUAUAAUGGCACAAUAGACGCUUUAAUAAAGAUUUACAAAACCGAGGGCUUUGGCGGUUUCUUCGCAGGCGUCCAUGCAACUUGUAUUAGAUUAGCAAUUGGUAGUUCCGCACAGCUAACCACAUUUUCAAUUGCUAAAGAAACCUUGCUGAGUCACGGAAUAAGUACAAAUUCAAGGCUAAGCUUAGCGUUCCUGGCUAGUGCUCUUAGUGGAGCCGUGGUUUCUGCGGUCAUAUGUCCAUUUGACGUCGUCACAGUACGACUGUAUAAUCAGGGUACCGCGUCAAAAGGUGAUCUAAUGUACAAAGGUGUUUUCGAUUGCCUUAAGAAAAUAAUGAAGACAGAAGGUGUAUAUGGACUUUAUAAAGGAUUUGGACCACUUUAUUUAAGAAUAGCUCCACACACAACAUUAUCACUUGUUAUAUGGGACAUGUUAAACAUAACGUUAGAAAAAAAGAGAUAAUAUUAGAUA